AAAAUCGGUGGGUACGCCCGCCGUCCUCGGUUUAAAGAUUCCCUCUUUUUAGACUUUUUAGCUUUAUAUAUAAUCCUCUUUCUCACUUUUCUCUUUCAUCCUAAAAUUUUUUUGAAAUGAUUCAAUCCCUAAACCUAAUUUCUUCAUCUCCCUUCCCCUUUUCCGUUCAUAAAUCAUCCUAUUCCGCCGCCGCGCCGGUCGGAUCUAAUCGCCGCAGUUUGUUCAUCGGAAAGAGUAAUCGGAGGGGGACAAUAUGUGCAUCUGCCGUUGCCGAGGCUCCGAUGAUGAUGGAGAGAAGAUCGGUGAGUUUAUAUGAGGUGUUAAGAGUUAAAAGAGACGCAUCACCGAAAGAGAUUAAGGCUGCUUACCGGAAUUUAGCGAAAUUGUAUCAUCCUGACUCUGCUUCUCUACCGGAGGAAUCGUCCGACGGACGGGAUUUCAUUGAGAUUCACGAUGCUUAUGUUACGCUAUCUGAUCCUUCAGCUAGAGCUCUAUACGAUCUCAAGCUGAGCGUGGGCUCUCGCCGGCGAGGUUUUGCUCGGUCGGUUGAUGGAUUUCGUAUAUACCCGACCCGGAGAUGGGAAACGGAUCAAUGCUGGUGAUAGGAGAUGAUGAUUAGGGACCUACAUUUCUCCGCUGUAUUUUUUUUGUCAAAUGGCAUUUAGAUGGAGAUUUAGCUUAUAUGUACAUACUACAUCCUGCUUUUCAUUUUUUUUUGUUCCUUUUUUGUUCUCUGUCUGUAAUUGAGCCAUUGGCAAAAAUGAAAAAAAAAAAAAAGAGAGAGAAAAUUUUCUUGUUUGAGGAACAAA